GUAGCAACUGAGUGGAGAGAAAGUGAGAGGGUGACAGUCAAAAGAGCUGAUAGGGAGUGAAGCCAGAAGGAUGGGGUUAAAGUAGGAGAAAGAGGACAGAAAAGUGUAAGCUAGAAUUUCCCAGCAUACAUACGGGGGAGGAGAGCAGAAAGAUCAACAACUUGUGUGUGUGUGUGUGUGUGUGUGUGUAACUUUAAGUGCCAGGGGGAAAUUGGGUCAGUGAAAGGGGAGAGAGAAGCAUGUGUUAGAGGAGGAGAGGCAGCCUGGGAGAGAGGGGGAGACGGACAGAGAAAUGGAGAGACAACCCUCAGCAGAACUACAGUAACAAGUGGUCAUUGAGUAAUCACUGGUGAUCCAGAGAGAAAUUCAAGCAACUCUCCUGUUCAACAUUACCAGCCAACUCUUGCUUUCUGAGGCAGACAAUAAUGGCGAGCCUUCCAAAAGAGCCGACCCAAGAUGCCAAGAGACAGAGCUUCUGGAUGCCAGGGAACUAUGUGCGUACAGUGCACCGGACUGAGCGGUCCUUCCAGGCCUGCAACGACAUCGUGGCAUGCUUCAAUGAGAGAGCGAAAGUAGAAAAGCAGUACGCCCAGCAGCUGAACCAGUGGAGCAACAAGUGGAAAACCAUAGUGGAUUCACGGCCACUUUAUGGCUCCCUCAUGAGGGCGUGGCAGUGUUUCUUCACCUCCACCGAGCGUCUGUCAGCGCUCCACUCCUCCAUCUCUCAGUCGCUCACAGCAGAGGAAGGGGACCGGGUGAAGACCUGGCAGAAAGAGACCUUCCCAAAGAAACUCUUCUGUGGGUUCAGUGAGAGCCACGGAAACAAGACGAGCUUUUCACGUGCGCAGAAACCCUGGUCCAAAAAGCUGAUGAAGCUGGAGAAGGCCCGGGUUGCAUAUCACAAGUCCUGUCAGAGGGAGCAGAGCGCCCUCGACAAAGAGAAACAAGCAAACGAAAACCCUCAGAUGAGCGCGGAGAAAAAGCAGAAAUUCAUAGAGUCCAGAGAAAAGGUCACAGAGGAGAAAGAAAAGGUUAGAGACCGCUACGAGAAACUGCUGGAGGAUGUGACGACCUACACACCCCGCUACAUGGAGGAAAUGGAGGCCAUUUUUGAGCAGUCGCAGGAGGAGGAGAGGAAGAGGAUCAGCUUCCUGAAGCAGGCUUUCCUCUCAAUCCACAGACAUCUGGACAUCACCAACAAUGAGAGUGUGAAGGCGGUGUACAGCGAGCUCCACAACACUCUGAUGUCCAUCAAUGAGCAGGAUGAUCUCAAAUGGUGGAAGAACAACCACGGACCCGGCAUGCCCACAGACUGGCCAAAGAUAAAUGAAUGGGUACCACCAAUAAAAAAGUUAAAUAGAAAGAAAAGAGACCAGCAAAUGAAAGAGGGCCGACCUGUGAUGAUCGGGGGAGUGAAGGUGCGAGCUUUGUACGACUACGUGGGAGAGGAGGGCGAUGAGCUGUCCUUUAAAGCAGGCGAGGUGUUCCUGAAGGUGGAGGAGGAGGACGACCAGGGCUGGUGUCGAGGAGUCCUGAGCGGAGGGAAGGAGGGCUUCUACCCGGCAAACUACGUUGAAUUUGCAGAGUGACGUCUCACUUUAUAAUAAACUAUGUCCUAAACGUAUUUCUCACAAACAGUUCGAUUUUAAAUCUUCUCUUAUAUGUUAUGUUUGACACACUGAUUCUGAGUUAAUGUCAGAUAAUCUGUUCCCAGCAAUCUUAAAAAUUAUUGAGGCCUUAAUAUAUAUUCUAACGUACUUUGGUUUGAGUACUUCUGCAAUACGAAUUAACUUAUUAAAGGCUAAAGGAACUGUUCAGGUGCAGGAACUGUAUGUGUAAAUGUGAGUGUGUACGUGUCUUUGCAUGCAUGUGUGCAUGUUAAAAAGAAACAACAGAGAGAAUAUUUAUUUGCUGCCAUCAUGUCCGAGUCUGUAGGUCUGUUUGAGGAGAGCUGAUAAUGAUACAUGAGGAUUACCCAGGCACAGGUUUACAAUGAUGGGAGCACACACGGUUAAUGUUUACUUAUUAAAGUAUUACCUACAGGCACAUAGACGUUGACUGAGGGAAUGGAUUUUAAAAAUAAAAGUGUAUUGGUUUAGCCUCUAUUUCAAUUUUUGGGGGGAUUUAUGUUUUCUGAUGCUAACUUUGUGUGUGUCUAUGGAAGACAGUGUUCUGUCGAAUGGUUGGUCCAAAAAUGUAUUCUGAAAAAUGGUUUGCUAUGACUUUAAACAGUCAUUCAUAAUGCAACAAGGGUGAUCCUUGACUCUUACAGUCCCUUGACUUUUAAUCCAUCAACACAAACAGGUUAAAGUAUGUUAGCAUGCUAACACGCUAAUCUAAGAUGGUGAAGAUGGUGAAUAUUGUAUCUGCUAAUCACAUCCUUGCUAGCAUUGGCACUGUGUAUGUUAGCAUUUAGCUCAAAGCACCGCUGUGCCUUCAGUGCGGCCUCACGGAGGCGCUAUCAUUGCUGUGUAGACUCAAUUUUGUUAAUUUCUUAUAUUUUGAGACAAAAAAAACAACGAUAAAAAGCCAUAAAAUGUGUGAAUAUGUGCCAUCAUUUUCAAAUAAACUACAAGUAUUUCAAUUA